CUUCCUCUUCCGCUGUGGGGCACCAGGACACUCCUACAGGUGUUGCAGCAACUCUUUAUCAGGAAAUGAAAGUGAGAAGGUUGGAAACAGGAGACAAAAGUUUGAUGUGACCGGAGGUAGCAUAUUGUUGGGUUUUGGUGAGACACAGGAGGAUGAAGAGAAAUUGUUCACAGAGGCGGUCAGUAACAACAACAGACACUGCUUCCUCCACUCCUAUUCCACCAUAUAGACCCAUCAACGGGACAUCUUUAUGCCCGCCUGACCAGCACCCAAGCCUGGUAAUGGAGGAAGGCGAGGGUGAAUGUCAGGGAGGAGAAAUCAGAAGCAGUAGCAAAGAAGCACCAUUAGAGCUGAAUGCCAACUCCACUCCUCCACCGACACCCACCUCAAAGUCCAGGCCGAGGCCACAACAGACGAUUCAGCUGCCCACAGUAGAGAAGGACACCCCUACCUCCCGAGAACUGCUUCACCGGAUCAAACUCAGAGCCCGGGAUCUAGUCAUCCCCCAGAGCAACCGCAAGUGGGCAGUGGACCUCGUCAAUGAUCUUCGUGACAACCUGCUUGAUUUCCUGAAGAACAAUGAUGAGCAACCUUUCUUCCAGUCAGCUGAUUGGCUGACAAGUGGCAGCUAUUAUGAGAUGGUGAAGAUAGACAAUCCAAAUGAGUUUGACAUGAUGGUGAAGCUUCAGUCUCCCUCUCGGCUCAACUGGACUGAGCUUGACCAAUACCAAGGCCUGUUUUACAAAGUGGCCCUAUCUAGGCCCACACGCAGCAACAUACGGCCAUUUCUGUUAGAGAACAGCCCAGACGGGCUCACUAUAUCAGCCAGCAAGAUCCUGAGUGAAAUGCAUCGGUUGGUUCGGAAGUUCAUCUGCACCUAUAAAGUUCCUGGAGGAAAUUUCCGUUGGGUUGUCAACAAAAAAAAGGUCUACUGCCCAGCAGUAACACUAUCCCUUUUGGCGACACAUGAUGAGGAAGAGUUGCUGUCAGUGGACGUGGUUCCAGCGCUAGAGACCCAACCAUCCCAGAAAUGGCCUCAACCUGCUCUGAACGGUCUCAAUGUGGAUAACUGGCUGGGCAAGAAGACCAGACAGACCCUGAUCAGCAAGACUUUCUACUUUGUGCCCAAGAGACCCAAAGGACGCAACCUCAACCCUGCUGCCAAAGAAAGCUGGAGGGUCUCAUUUUCCCACAUUGAAAAGGAAAUAAUCAAGCUUCAUGGCAACAAGAAAACCUGCUGUGAGACGACUGCCACCAAAUGCUGCCGAAAGACCUGCUUCAGGCUCCUAAAAUGUCUGAUUGAGGCACUGAAGAGGCGCUUCCCUCAGGAGCUGGACUGCCUGUGCUCCUAUCAUGGGAAGACCGCCUUCUUCCACAUCCUCUCCCUCCGGGGCCAGGAUACCCAGUGGCCUCCUCAGCAGAUGCCCAGCUGCUUCAUGCACCUCUUUGGGGCCUUCGAAGACCACGCCCAGAGUGGGACACUGCCUCACUUUUUCAUCCCAGCCUGCAACCUUUUCUCUCCUCCAGCUUUCCCUCGCAAAGCCUUGGUCUUCCUUACCAGUGCGCUGGAACAGCAGAGGAUGUUGAACCUGCCCUUGCUCAUGCCCCAAGCUCCUUCCACACCCCUUGCCCUUCAUGUGAGCCCUGACAACCAUGACAGCCCUGACCUCAUCCCCUUCCAGGCCCAACUUCCACCAACUCCUACUCGAGUCCUCUCUUUUGAGGUCAAAGUGAAAAUAAUUUUGGUUGUGAUCUUGGUGACUCUUUCUGCCAUUUAUAUAUUGUGAAUGUGCAUCCCUGCUGACUUUAUACAGUGUAUAGGGUGUAGUUGGGGAUACUGAAAUGCAGAUGUUGUGACAAACAUGCUCACACAUCAUGGGUUGAAAUGUACCCUCGCCAGCUCUGCCACACUGUCUUCUGUAUUGUAUCUACAAUGUGGUGUUAGUGCUAUGUGAAGCCUUUUGACUUGCUUGUUAAAAAAGUUAAUUCUAAGUUUGAAAUUAUUCCUGUCCACCGAGGAAUCUUAUUUCCCUGCCUUGUUAUUGUAUGUACUUGUGCUUUUUUUCCUCAUCAUUCUAUAUAAUUUGUCAUAAAGUGUGAGUGAGAAUGUUUAUUUGUGUGGCUCCUGCACUACAUAAUAUCAA